UCUUUCAACGGGACAAGAACAAACCUUGUGCAUCUUCUUUCAAAGAUGACAACUAACCAAACACCUAAGGUUGGAAAACCAUACACCAAAUGGAGUGAAGUUCAAGAUGAACAUUUCAUUUACUUUAUUGCUGAACAAGUUAAGUUAGGACGAACGCAACCAGGAGGCUUAACCACUGAAGGAUGGGAUAGUGUAGAAAAAGAAAUGAACAAGCUAUAUGGGGACAAAUUAGAUAAGACUAAAAUGAAAAAUAGGAUGAGGACUUUGAAGAAGAUAUAUGCUACUAUGAAGAGAAUGUCACAACAUAGUGGAUUUGGGUGGAAUGAAGAAACUCGAAAAGUUGAUGUUGAAGAUGAUGUCUGGGAGCAAUACCUUGCAGCACACCCAAAAGAUUCUAAGUAUAGGACGAAGAGGUUGCCAGACUAUAAUACUUUGGCAUUAAUUUUUGGAGAUACUGUCGCUGAUGGUAGGAAUGGGUGUGAAAUUAAUGAUGUCGAGGAUUUUCAAAGUGAAUUCACUGACGAUGAUAUAGCUGCUGAAAAAGUUAUUAUAUCUGCUGAAGAUACACAAUUUGUUGACCAGGAUGAUGGAUAUUUUGUUCAGAACAUGAACUUUACUAGUCCUGAAAUAGCUCAAUCAUCUAAUCAAGAAAAGAGAGCAGGAAAAAGGCAUUUAGAUGAGCAACCAACUUUGACAUCACGUCCAAAGAGAAUUAAAAAUUUUAUUGGAAAUAGCUUGGCAAAAUCUGUUGAUCGAUGGACAACAAUAGCUGAAGAACAAAUAAGGCUACAACAUGAACCAAAAACACUUCCGCUGAAAAAUUAA